CCGAGCGCGGCCGAGCGCUCAUUUCCGUUUUCGAAUCCGACGUCACCUACUCUCAAAGCCCGUGUGUUUUGUGUUUCUUUGGGGCCACGAUGAUUAUCGCUAAUUUAACGAAAACUGGUCACGAAACCGCGCGAAUUCCUUGCGUAAGUUUUGCACAACGAACGAAGACUCUCGCCAUGCCGGUCUAUAAAGCCCCUCUUUCUCGAGCACGUUCAAUUAAGCGAGAAAUGAUGGUGAAAAUCAUAGCUGGCUAUCGUUUGUUAGUGUCGCAACGAUCGUCUUGGACCAAAUCGAUCGACUUAACCGGGGAAAGAAAACUGGACGAGACGGAUGGUCACAUAUAAACAAAAUAAAUGGCGUCGGCAUACUUGUAUUCCUGAAUAUGACAAAUUUUUACUUCUCGAGUGUUUUCUUUGAUUAAGGGCCACGAUCUUGAUAUUCCUUUUCUCAAAUCGGAAUAAAAUUUAAUGUUGAAAUUAUUGAAACUCAAAUUAGAUUUCUUCGUAUCUUAAAAAUAUCCAAAAUCGAAAGAUAAAAAAAUUAUUUACUUGUCUAACAAAUUAAAGAAGAAAACAAAGAAAAACAUAACAUUACGUGAUUAAUCAACCAAGCUUAGUUAAUAACUGUAAGUCACUAAGAGAAUCUUGAACAAAAUGGGCAUUCAAGAUUUGCAAGUCUUUUUGGAUAGCAAUUAUGUACAAGGUGGAUCUGUACCCGUGGAUCUGUUAAAAAUAGCACGUACCAUUACGCAAAGACAACAUAAUCGCGUUGGUAAAGCACAACAGUUACAUUCUGGAAAAUUAAGACUAGUCCUUGAUGGAGAGUGCUGUUUAGAUAGAUUAUAUGGAGGAUACUUUUCAGAUUGGGCUUGUGGAGGACAGUGGAAUAGAAUGUUGCAAUUUUUAGCUGUUCUUAUACAAGCAACAGAAAUGUCAGGUUUAGAAUUAGCUGUAUUCUUUAAUGGAUGUUUCGAAUCUCCUAGACGUGCUGACUGGGUUCUAAAUCAAUUACAAGUACGAAUUAAAGUAAAUAAUGUGUUAAAACAUAUUUCAACCAAGGGAACUCCACCACCGAAAAUUUGGUGGACCCCACCAGUUUGUUUAAGGACUAGUCUACGUAUGGCCUUGCGGCAUUUAAAUGUUACAGUACUAUGUAGCAUGGACGAUCAUCAUCAAGAAGUAAUUGCAUAUUGUCGAGAGAACAGUUUUAACGGCUUAAUUGCUGACGAUGCGGAAUAUGCUGCGUUUGAUCCUCCACGAUAUUUCUCGUCUGAACAGUUAAAACUUACGUACAAAGGCUCUCUCGACACCAAGGAGUACAUUCUUCCGGAACUUUUAAAAGCUUUGAACAUCCCUUCCGAUAGAUUAUGCUUGUUAGCCGCGUUACUUGGAAAUUAUAUUUUAACUGAGCAAGACUUAACCGAUUUUUAUAAGAAACUGAAUGUCAAUACCAACCUAAACAAAGUAAACGUCGAACACACGAUUAAAACGAUUGCUAAUUUUGUUCGGGAUUUACCAUCUGUUGAAUUAGACGUAGUUUCGCAGAAGGUUUUUGGAUCUUUGUCAGAUCCGAGGUGUUCGAAAUUGAGGCAAUCAGUUCAGUACUAUAUAAAUGGAACUAAAGACGGAUUUUUGCAUUAUAAACCAGUAAAACCAAAUAGAGUACACAAGUUGGACCCGAAGCAAAGCGUGCAACAGUCAAAUUUAUCCGAAACGCCGUCAACUUCGGAAGCCGACUCGAAUUUAGAAACUUCAAGAUUCGCGUCCGAAACUGUAGAAAGCGAACGCGAGAGUUUAAACGCAUAUAAGCAAGCUACCGCAAAUGCAAAGUCCGCGCCACAAAUUGUGAUAGAUCCACCGGGUAUCCAGGGCCAUGGAGACGAUAAUAUUAGGACAGAGGAAGAACAAAACAAUGGACACGCUAUAAAUGGUACACACAAUCUUCUAAUUAGUUCGUCCAGUUCGAGCAGUAGUUCUUCCGCUACGUCUCCAUCUCACGCGACAGCUGAUUCGUCGAAACAAGCGGAGAAAACGAUGACUAUUCCCAGCACGGUACCAGAAGUGAUGCGUACUGCAUCUGAACGACAUCAAAAAGGCUUAAUGUCUCCUCAUAUUUAUCAAAUUCUCAUUGCCGGAGAGAUCAAACUGCCCGUUCUUCUCGAAGACGAAAAUCACCGCGAAUUUCCAUCGAUCCACCUUAUUUACAGACCCGUCAGGCAAAUGGUAUACGCGAUACUAUUCAAUCUUCAUCACCGAAUGUAUUUAGCUGCUAAGAGUAAAGAGAAGGGAGAUAGUGAAAAAAUUGAAGUCCCAGAUGUUGUAAUAAAGGAGUGGGUAUGGUCCAAAUCGAAUCCAUAUCUGACUCCAGAACCUGUAAAGGCAGAACAAAUUGGUUGGGGCGUUCCUACGAUUCAACGUUUAUGGUUUGGCACGGGCAUAGAUGACAAACGUCGUCGUUUACGAGGAUUCCUGACUUGUAUGAAAUCAGAUACACCACUUAUGUUGAACACUUCCUAUGUACCGCAACACCUUUUAGUCAUGGCUUGUGUAUUAAGAUAUAUUAUGUCGUUUUCGGAUAAAAUAAAGGUUCUACGUCGUUGGGAAUUAGACGCUUUUAUUGCACAAGCAUUUUCGCCAGAGCUUAUGAACGCUCAGUAUUUACAAGAUCUUCAGCUUCCUUUAGUAACGUCACGCGGAGUCCAAUUAGCUACUUUAUUCAUGGCUGGUGUUGAAACUGCUCUCUUAGCUAACGAUGCCUGUGGUGCACCAAUUCCAUGGUUAAUGUGCUGCCCGUGGUUAUAUUUUGAUGGAAAACUAUUCCACCAUACAUUGGCUCGUGCUAGGAUUGCGAAAAACUUACUAGAACUCUGUGGUGGUCACAUAGAUCGUAUCGUGAAAGUCGAACGGAUGAAAAAAGCUAUUUUAGAGGGUACCAACGUUAUUUUCGCUCGGGCACCUCCAGUUGGCCCAGGUAUUCGCAUGUCAGUACCACAGAAUAUUCUGGCCGCCGGAUGUACAAUUAACGACGGCUUAAUGCGCGGGAGAGGUAACGGAACUAUGCCUCAACGUGGAUUAAUGCGUCGCCCUAUACCUUCCCGUGGUGGACAGUUAGAAAUUGCCGGGGUUGUUGUUGGACAAUGGGGUCCAAACUAUGGACAACCUGGUCGCUUACCUCAGCCUCUACAAGGACAUCCUCGCGGGCGGCUCCCGCCACAGGUGACUUCAAUUGGUGGUCUCAAAUAUGGUCUCCCUCGUGGUUUCACCCCCAUGGGCCGGCCCACGUUCCAAACUCGAGGGAACAACCGUACACAAAUCGCAGGUCGUGGAAAAAAAACGCAGAUGAAGAUAACUGGUAAAAAGAAAACUCCAGUUAAGAAGAACAAAGAAUGCGAAAACAAAAAAGACAGCAGGGGGCGAGGCAAUAACGUUGAUGGAAUAACUGAUUAUAAUGACUCGAUUCCAAAUAUGAACACAAUAAAAGACGCACUGCCAGUACCAGGCCAAUUUGAGGAUGCUGUAGAAAACGGCAAAGGAAUAGAAAAAGGGCAGGGCGACGCGUCGCUGGUCGCUCCAGUCGCCGCAGAGAAUUAGGUAUUUAUACAUCACAUUUAUAUCGACUUUUAGACACUCCCGGAUGUGACUCAAGACUGCAAUCAAAAGGAUUUUCUUAGAGAAAAAAACAAGUGUGUGUAAACGAGUAAUGAUGCGCCAAUGACAUUUGAAAGUUGCAUCAUAAUUAUUGCAUAUGACACAAUUACUUUUAAUCGUGCAGAAAAUUGUUUUUAUAAACAAAAAGAAAAAAAGGGGGUUUAGAGUUCUUUUUCAUGUACGUUUGCUCUUUAAGGAAAAAGAGGGAAGAGAGAGAGUGUGAAAAAAGAUGUAUACACAAAAUUGCCUUGAAUUUUCGCACAAUGAGGAUGAUGAGGAAGACUUUUCAAAUGUUACGCGCAGAAUCACUCAACAAUGUCUAAAGCUCUGAUGGGGCCAAACUAUUUAAACUAAUGUAGAAGAAAAAAAGCAUCGUUAACGCGAUGUCAAGAUAUUGUAAAACCACAAGGAUGUAGACCCAUUUCCGACGUACACGAUACGAUGUCCUCACUGCCAAACGUACCAUUCAGCGUGUAGGAUAAGAGCGAAAACGAACAUGAUUUAAGAAAAAAGAAGAAAAUAUUUAAAAAAACAAUGAAAUCGUGCUUGUGCUAACACGAGCGUGCUUUUAGACUAUUACUACUCCGCUCGGAUCACCAUAAGGAUGAACUCGACUGAUUAGUGUAUGCGUGCGCUAAUUUUACUAAGAACGAGAACAAGUCGUCAACUGCUAUAAGUAUUUAAUUCUUAAGAAGUGUGAUUAUUUUUUUUACAAUGAAAAUAUAUAUUUUCCGGUAUUAUAUGAAAUGCUCGCAUUGAUAGUCUCAGUACUCUGAUCUCUAAUAAUUGUAGGCACAAGACAGAAAUCGCAUGCUCUAAGACAUCACAGACGGACGAAUGGACAAAAUUUGGACUGGAGUGUAUCACGAAUAGUUUUACUGAGUUUUGUAGAUAACGCGAGGCAGGAUACUGAGACAUUCAUUAGCAAAUGGAGACUGAUGCUUUUCAUAUAGGUAAAAUAUAUAUUUAUAUAUGAUUUAGAUUAGAAAUUCCCGAUAGAUUACAUAUUAUAUGUAAGUUGUGAAUGAUUGUGUAUGAUUAUGUGUGCAAUAGAGUGCGAGGUGCGUGGAGUCACUGUAUGUGAGAGAAUUACAUAAGCGCGAGAGAAUAUUGUUUUAUUUGUGUGUGUGCUUGCGUGCGUGCGUAAAACGUGCGCUCGUGUGUAUGUGUGCGUGUGUGUGUGCACGUGCGUACGUGUGUGGUAUGUGUCAGAGAGAAAGAGGGAGAGGGAGAGGGAAUAUGUUGUAGAUGCGUGACUGUGAGAAUGACAUAUAAAGAAACAUAAGAAAUGUAUAUAAAUGUGGAAUGUUAACGCGUGUCCGUUUACGUACACACGCGUGGUACAUAAGAAAAUGAACGCGCGUGUACGUGAGCGAAUUGAUAUAUUUAUUUGUUGUUGUGUCGGUGGAGAAACGAAUGAAUGACUUUUGAACGAAUUAUAAAUUUCCAUGUAUGAUAUGUACUCAUGGGCACACGGAGGGCUCAUUGCGAGAGUAAUCGGCUUGAAUUUUUAUAAAAUAGAAAGACGAGGUUCUCUGAAAGAGUUAUUCUUGCGGAGGUCUUCCGGUAUCGCUUGGGAAAUAUGCUACACUAUGCAUUAUUCUAAUUCUAUUACCAGGUUGGAUAGUACCUCAUUUAAUAACAUAGAAAGAAAGCAAUAACUAGUUGCGCCAUAGAGAAGUAUCUAUCUUUUAUGAUUCUAUUGAAGAAUCUAAACGUGUUGUCUUCUUUUUCAUUUUUAUUUCUUCUUCCUCUUAUUCCGGAUAAACAUUUUAGGUAUUGUUGCCUUUUGUAGCAUAUUUUCGGAAGCAUAUGUGUCCCUCCUUUAAUUGUACAUACGAAUAAUUUAGAAACAACAGCGUAAGGUUGGUGUACAUAAAAGAGGAGUCUGGUGGCUUUGCGCUUUUGUCGCGCAAAGAACCGGUUCAAAUUAGGAGAUCAUCAUGUUAAAAGAAGAAGAUGAAAAAUACUAUUUAUGUGUAGAAUAGUCGAAAAGACGUUCUACCAAAGAUCAUUGGAGUUUGAAGGGUAAGGUGGGUUCUUUUAUCAGUAAAGUAUGAUAAUACACAUAUGACAGAGAUACAAGACAGCACGACAGAACACGAUUAUUUAUGGAAUGGAAUGAAAACAUAAACAGAAAGAGUAGGUAAAAAUGGCGUGAAGAAAGGAUAUGCGUCUAAAAUGCAGAGGUAAUUUAAAUUGAGUAAAAGAGCGAACGAAAGCGAGAGAGAAAGCGAUUGUGAGAGAGAAAACCAUUUAUUGAAAUAAUAUAAUGAGAGAUAAGAUAAAAAUGUUAUAUUUUUGUAGAUUUGUUAUCGCGUAAAAAAAUGCAUUAAGACAAUGAGAAACUUUAUAUAAUUUGAGCGACGGUUGAAUUGAGCCUGUGAGAAUUAAAGCGAAUGACUAAGAUCAUAGGAAGAAAGUGUAUUGUACAGAGAAUGAAAAAGAGAUUUAAAGGAAAAAAAGCAUAGAGGAAAAAAUGAAAAAGUGCUUUAGAAGAGACGAUAGUAUAUUGAACAUGUUUGACAUCCGUGAUUUAAUAGAAAAUCUCAUUAAUUCUUCUGUGUCUCCGAAGCUCUCAAAGUUCUGAGUUGCUUGCAAACAAAGAAAAAAGCUAAAAAACAAAAAAAUAUAAAACGUGAAAAAUAGGAAGGAUAUUUAAAAAAAAGAAGAAACUAAAUGUCAGCUUCAAUAUAAGCUAUACCAGUGUAUGCAUAUAAUAAACAGUUUUCUCAACGCAAUUUGAAAAAUAGGCUGAAGAUUACAAAAAAAAAUAAUGAAACGAAAUAAAAAGUCAAAUCCCGUAAUGAACGGAAUUGUGUAAAUUAAAAAAAGCAGAAAUGAAUAUCAUUUGAUUAUCAAUUAAUAACACGCAUUCACACCAUCCAUUAUUUUCCGAGUACGGUAUAUAAUAUAUAAAAUGUGCACCGACGUAUAAAAAAAAGAAGAAAAUGGUAGAAAAAAAGAUCGCCGUAUAUCUUUCUUGAACAAUUUAAAGUUAAAACGACGCCAAUCGCUCAUGAACGACUAACCAACGUAAUAAUAAUAAUGAUAAUGAUAAUAUUAAUAAUAAUAAUAAGGAUAAUAAUGUUAAACUAGAAGCAGAGAGACGUUUCAGAUCCGACGGAUGAAUAUUUGAGAGUAAAAAUGCCACUUUACGCUUUCGUGUAAAGGUAGAUUUUCUUUCUGAGAAAUCGAUCAUCCUGAUAUAUGCAAACCGGAGAUUACAAAAUAUGUAAUAAAACAAAGUAAAAAAUGAAAUGAUAAAAAAGACAUAAUAUAUAUAUAACUAUAUGUAUAAAACAUGAUGGUACACAAACACAAUCAGUUGCUGCUGCACUGAUAUGAGGUAACGCAAUAAACAUAAGAAGUGAAAUAAUUUAAAUAUACUAAAUAUUGAAGCGAAAGCAAGCAAAACCACGAUACGGAAUAUAAACGAAAAAUAUGAAAAAACGGAAAAGAGGAAAAAUAAAGGAUAAAUAAAAGGAAGCAAAUAUAUAUGAAAUCCAUAUUAUUGAAAAAGAAAACAAUACAACAGAGCAGAAGUACCGCAAAAAUAACAAAAUAUAAUAUGUAAUGCAAAAGAAAGAAGUGGAAACUUGCGUAAAAACGGCGAAUAAAAUGAUCGACGUAAAAAGAACAGGUGCGCGCCUGACUCGUGCCUGCUUUUUCGUUGUAAUAUGUAGUAAAUGAAAAAAGAUGAUAAAACACGCAAAAUAUAGGGGCCCACGAAACAACUUUAACGAUAGAGGACGUAUCCGUGCGAGAAUGUGAACACAAUAAGCCAACAUAUAAAACGAAUAAACCUCUCUUUGUGUAUUUAGGAAAAAAAAGGAAAAAUUCCAUUUAUAAACUCGAUCUUCGAACACUGUGUGUCAUUGUGGUAAACAGAAAAUUAAUUAUAUUUCGAAGUAAGGCACAUCUUUAAACUCUUGCUAUAAAACAAUGAUAACGAUGAUGAUAUGAUGAUGAUGAUGCUGGAAUAUUGAUGAUGAUAAAUGCUUAAUAAAUGAGAAACAGUCGAACGAGAAUGUAAAUUAGGCGACUGUAUGUAUAUUGUUUCUCUUUUUUUGUUUUUUUUUUUUAAUCUGUAGAAGAGCACUUUUAUUGUAAAUGAAAGCGUCAAUUUCCAGUGGACUGUUCUCUCUCCUUAUUUUCAAUCAACAUUAUAGCUGUAUUUUUAUUUGAUUAAAUUUCGAUUUUGUGUCGAUACAGCAAGUGACUAAACAUUCAAAACAGACAUGGUUUAUCAUGUCUUCCAUUGUGAAAAAAUCAUGAAAAACUUUUGCUUCUUCUCUACCUGUUCAUUUUUUUUUUUAUUGUACGUUCUUUUUUUUUAUUAUUAUUACUCUUUCGUUCUUCGUUUGAUUUGUAAUCAUAUUGUAGUAAAGCCUUAGGACUUUUUGCGAAAAAUCACACAUAUAUAUGUAUAUGUACAUAGGGAAAAAAUAUAACAUAAAAAUGGAGCGGAUCAUUUAAUUUCAAUGAUUUGUUUUAAAUGAUUGCCACAAAAAAAAUCAAUGAAUAAUAAGUUUAUGUUAUUAUUUCACUGUAUUUCUGAUAGAAGCACGCAACCGAUAGGCAUUAAAAAAAGAAAAAAAACGUUCAACGUUUUCUUCUGAUUUCUUUUCUUCUAAUGUAUGCUAUACUCAUAGCUUCGUGUUAAUAGAACAUCAGGAUUUUCGAUAGCAACGCAAUGAAAAAAAGAUUACAAUACAGAGUGCCUUCGAUGGAAGAUCAAAAAAGGCAAGAAUGAAGGUGAUACUGAGUUGCUAUGACAAUGCUCGAUACAUAAAUUUUAAGUUUCUCUUUUUACCAUAGUUUUUCGCUUGCAUACCCUAUUAACAAGAUAUAUUAAAAGUACGGUAGCAAAUACAGUAAAUAAAAAAAGUAUUAAUAAGGUAAAAAACCAAAAAAAGAUGAAGUAACGAAUUAAACACUUAUCAAUGUAGCUGCAAAUGUAUGUGGGCCCCGUCUUUAUAUAUUCUUAUUAAAUAUUACAUAACGUAUAUUCUGCUAUUAUUUUUCAUAGCUAAAGGAAGCAACAAGAACAAUGAAAAAACAAUAAGAUGAUUAAAAUACCAAGCGUACACAGAGGGUAAUCAUUGUAUGUUACAAUUUAUAAUCAUUGUAUGUUUAAUUUUUUUUUCUGUUUUACUCUCUUUUUGUUUUUCUACUGCGUAAGAAGACGAGGUAGUCGAUGAUUAAGUGUAUAGCGCAUGGCAUGAUAGAGCAAUAUUUUGCGAACAAAAUGAGGAAAACAUUCAGGAAGAAUACUUUACGUUUAUCCAGACAAAAAUGCGAAGAAAACGAGUAAAAUUGUACAUGCGCUAUGAUCUUUUGCCAAUGGUCGCAUUAUUUUCAACCUAUAUGGGUCGCUAGGUGAUUACCACAUUAUUUGCAACAGUAGAAAAAUCCUAAUUAAAUGUAAUAUAUUUAUAGUCCUUUUCAAAUUAUUAUUUGUUGGUAUAACAGUGUUCAAACUAUUGCAGCAUAAUGAUUUAACUGAUCUAUAUAGAAAAGAAUUAAGUGAAUAUUAUUUAUAUGCAUUUGCUAUAGAAGUUGGAAACAGAAUGGUGUGCAAGAUUUCUGUAUGCAAAAACAGCACGCUGUAUUAGUUGGUAAUUUAUAGAUGUGUUUAUGGUAUUGACAGUAUUGCCUAGCCGACUCAUUUAGUUGUUGUAUUUCUCUAUAAUACACAGUCAAAUCGAUGUAUUCUUGUUGGAUUAUUCCAUCUUGUAAAUUAUUGUUGUAACAUAUACCCCAUUCAUGUCUAGUGUCAAGCAGAGCUGAUUCUAUGCUUUUGCUAAUUGGAAAACCAGAACAAAUAAGUUUUCAAACAAAAGAAAAAAAAAAUAAGGAAAAGAAGGAAAAGAAAACAAAGCGCGGAUAUUUAAUUAACCAUUCGUAUAUUUAAAAAGAAAUGGAACAAGUUAAAGAUUUUCAUAUUGUUGAUUAAUUUAGAAACAGGCGUGUGGAAAGUUAAUGGCAAAUCAUAAAAAUAAAUAAAGGACGGAAGAAUCAGUGCUGGCGAAAACACAAGGCAACCAAAAAUUAUUAUAAAGCUAAAAAAAGUCACAUUUAAAGUACUUUUAAAGCGGAUACAUAUUUGGAAAGUAGGAGGUAAUCAUUGUAUAAAUGUAGUGGCAACUCUAUAAUACUACAAAACAAAAAAAAA